AUGAACGAUUCCACCUCCUUUUUGAUUUCCUGUUCCCAACUAUCCGACAUUACCGUCUCAGAAGAAGUUGCUAAACACCUAUACCACCUGGAUCCAUCUAAAGCUACUGGUCCUGAUGGUAUUCCUGGUCGGAUUUUAAAAGAAUGCAGUGCUAUUAUCGCUCCAAGUCCUUGCUCACUUUUCAACCACUGCCUUCGUUCUGGAACUGUUCCUUCUGAAUGGAAAUCCGCUAAUAUCACACCCGUACAUAAGAAAGAGAAAAAGGAACCUGCCACCAACUACCGACCAAUAUCUCUAUGCUAUCCAUUCUUAGCAAAGUCUUGGGGGCGAUGCGUCCGUAUUCAAUUCUGUGAUCAUAUUCGGGUCAUGAUAAAUGACGCCCAGCACGGAUUCCUUCAUGGUCGCUCGUGUGUCACUCAACUUCUGACCACUCUUCAUCGAAUCGGACAACUACUCGACAAUAAUAUCCAGACGGACGUUAUCUUCCUUGAUUUUGCAAAGGCCUUCGAUUCGGUUGAUCAUAACAUUCUCCUAAUGAAACUAAGAAUGUAUGGAAUAUCGGGAAACCUUUACAACUGGUUCAGUAGCUACCUACGAGGGCGUACACAGCGUGUUGUCGUGGAAAGCGUAACUUCGGAAUGGUCCCCAGUAACCUCUGGCGUCCCACAAGGAAGCAUUUUAGUCCCAUGCUUUUUCUUCUGUUCAGUAAUGAUCCCUCAGACGCAAUCCCUCAAGCAACAUCAACAGGACUGUACGCUGACGACGCGAAGCUAUACAAGGCUAUAACGUCUGACGAGGAUAGUGCUUGCCCGCAGACCGCCUUGUCGUGCGCUGGAGUUUGGAGUGUUGAUUCAAACAUCACAUUCAACACCUCUAAGUGCAAAAUAAUGAUAAUCUCCCGCCGUAGAAGGCCGCUAAUCGCCAAUUACCAUUAGUCCGUGUGUUGUGACCCAAUAUAGUUCACUUUCAUUAAGCAUGUCUUAAAUCUGAAAUAUUUUUACGGGAACUAACACUUUCGAACACGCUGAGUUCAAAUCCGAAAAGUUCCCACUCCGUAGACCCGCAGUUUUCUCAUAAAAUGCUAUUUUUACUUCAAUAAUUUCACGACAAUUUUUUCAUUGUUCAACGACACGGAUCGAUGACGAUACACGAGGACGUCGCUAUUAUUCUGAGUCAAAUCAAUGUCGAGAAAAAUAACACUAACAAGAAUAAAUAACGACAAGAUUUGAUAAUAUGAAUAAUCAGUUAUAUUAUUACAUUUCUGUAAUUAUAUUAUCUCUAUUACAUUUAUACUGAUUGUACAUUUGAACAAAUUGUAACUAUCUUCAGAGUAAGUGGGCGUUUAUAUGAAGCCAUCUAAUCUAGCUAUCAGAGUUACUUGGCAUUGCGAGGCGAAUUUCAACCGUGCUGUUUCCUCAUCAUUUCGUAAUUUUAUUUCGUUAACUGGGAAAAAAUGUAUUAGUUAUAAAUAUAUUAACAGUUAUUCACCGAAGUGAAGGUGAAUAGUGCAAGAAUAUUCACGGAAACGUCGAGGAGGUGAAUAACCUUGUACUAUUCACCGGACCCCGAGAUGAAUAAUUUAGUAAUUUUAUUCAUUAUAGAAAUAACUUUCAAGAAUACCUCUACACGAGCACACUGUUAAACAAAACUUAGUUUGCGACUUUCUUCGUGUUUGGCGAAACAGCAGCUUCGUCUGGUACAAAAAUUUGUUCGUCUGUAUAAAACCGCGGAACGAAAUAUUAUGCAUGCAUGUACGUGUAUUUGUAUGUAUAUUUAUAUAAAUAUAAAAGAAACUUUCGUAUUGCUUAUAAUGCACCUAUCAUUGUUUUCCCCCUGAGGGGGGGAUGCGGGCGACCCAGGGGACUUUGACCACACUAUGAAGCCCCAGUGAAGGGAAUUUGACCUAUGCAUCAACUCCCAGAGUCGGGAAAUUUUGACAUCCGCCAUCUUGAAAGUUUGCGCGGUUUUGAUAUUCACAAGCCUGGUAACAACUAUGGCAAUAUGGCGGACAAACAAGAAGAUCAAGUUUCAUCGAAAAAGGUAUUUUAAUCCAUAUUAAUAUCACACUACAUUAAACCAUCCAUGUUUGAUUUAUAUUAUAUUAUAUCAUAUAUGUCUUUUUAUUAAAAUAUGUAUGUUUUUUUAAUGAAUAAAUAAUUUUUGGUGAUUUAAUUAAUAUAAAAUAUCUUAUGAAUGCCCAGGGCAGUCAUGCGAUAAGUUUUAUAUUUACAUAUAUUAAAUAUUUUAUAUAUUAUAUAUAUAUGUUUUCGUUUCAAAACAGGUUCUACUUCAGUAUGACGACAGUCGGAAGGUGGUUUUCGUGGACAAAUUCUCCGACAUUGUCAACAAAGCGAGGGAAUGUUUUGAAUUAAAUAAAGGAAACGUAUUGAUUGUCCAGAAAUAUGAUGAAGAAUGGAGCGAGUACAUAGAUUGUGACAGUUUUGCCCAGAUUAAUACUGGUGAUAAACUUAAAAUAAUAUUGAACCAAACCUGCCGAUCUGAUGAUGGUCAAGAUACAUCUCUAGUAAGUAUUAAACUACACUUUUCCUCAACACUAUCAACUCAUGCAAUUUGAACAUUCAAAGCCAUUUUUAUAUUACUUAAUAUGCAUUCUUUAAAUGGGACUGGAUAUAUUGGUUCGAAUUACAUGUAUUAAUUGUUAAAUAUUGUCAAUGAUGUAGUCACAACAAACCAGGGAGGUUGCAACAUAAUGGAUUUGCAUGAAUCCUGUAAAUGUUCAGGCCAACAACUCUGCAUGGGGGAGUAGCUCUAGCUAUGUCUCUGAAUGUUUAUAUAAAGAAAAAGAAAUGGCAUUUAUAUCUAAGCAAAAAAAAUGGCAAAUAAAUAAAGAAAUGGCAUUUAUAUUUAUAUCUACUGUUGUGGUGACCCUGCCAUGAAUGCAUGACAAUGGCGAAGUUAAAUAAUUAAAUAAAUAAAUAAAUAAGCUGUAUAAAACGGUGAUGUGACCUCUUUUAGAAAAUAUUUGAUAUGCUGCAGAUACUGAAAGAAUUUGUAGACUAAACCCAUUAACUGCCAGUACCCUACUACUGAAGAGUAAAAUCAUUGUUUACUUAUAGCCAAUUAAAGUAAAACAGGCUGGCGUUGGGCAGAGUAAAAUACAAUAGAAGGGCAUAUCUGCCUCAUUGCCAUAUGGGAUAUAAUCAUGCACUAUGCAGGGUUUGGGAGAAAGGGAAUUAUAAUUGUUUCACAAUACUAAUCUGUAUUUUAACAGAAUGACUCCACAAAGAGGGACUUACCCAAAGAGAAGGUUCGACAAGUAUUCAAAGGCCAAAAGAAAAUAAAACUAUCAACAAAGGGUGAAAUGAUCCUUGAGCCUUUACAAGAGCAGGUAAAUUAAGUUAACACACACAUGAUAUACUUUGAUAUUCAUAAAAAAAUGAUUUGGUGCUGGAAAUUAUAUUUUUCCACUAUUAAAUUCUUUCCAAUGUAAAAUGAGGCACCCAAAUUAAAACUAUAGAAUUUGUAUGACAAUUACAAAUUACUAUAAUUGAAAUAUGAACAUUGAGCUAUACAGGUAUAUCCAGAAAAUAUGUUGUUUUGUGCAUGUGAAUACAUUCAUUCAUUCAGACUUUUUUCAGGAUAUUGUGAACCUUCAAGCUCAGACAGAACAUGAGUCAAUACAAAGAGGGCAAAUAUAUCAAAGAUCAGAACAUUCACUAAAACCAUAUGAAAAAGCAAUAAAUGCUGCAUCAGAAGAGUUGGUAACUAUGAAUCCAUCAUUGAUAUUUGAUAGAAGUGCAUUGUUUGAACAGGCCCGACAAAACGUUAGGGAAUGUGGAUAUGUUUUCAAAAAAGGCUUUUCAAGGAGCAAACAUAAUCAAACAGAACCCCCCAGUUCAAAACCAAAGAAUACUUUAUCUGAUGAUAGAAAAACCAGAAUUCUUAAGAUCACAGAACAACUUCAAGUAAUAAAUGACCAAAUCGUGGUUAAAGAGAAGCGCAAAUUGAAAGCAGAGCAAGUGAAAGAUUAUCAAUUGUGUGAUAGAUUGUUAAAUGAAAAGAAACAGCUUUUAUCUGAAAAGCAAACUCUGGAGUCUGAAAUGAAAUUAUUACAACGUAAAGAGCACAAAUCAGCUUGGUAUUAUUCUAAAAAAACAAAAGUCAAUUCAACAACUGACCUUAAGAAGCCAAACAAUAGAAUUAAGGGUCAAACAUCUUUGCAUUCCUUUUGCAGAUCUUCAAUAUCACAGGAACAUAUGAGCCUCCCACAGCAAAUUGAUCUAGAUAAUUACCCUGAGCAAAGCCCGUCCUUAAAUGUCAAUAUAAACCAAGCACAUUCUAUCAAUGCUGAUUUUCAAAAAAGUGUUCCUUGCCCCCAGAAAAGUUCAUCUGUGAGAGACAUCACUAAUUCUCAGAAUUUCUCAUUUGUCAACGUGGCUAGUUGCCCACACCCAACACCAUCACAGCAUAGUCAACCACUUAUCAAUGACCAACCACAGCAAAGCAUACCUAUAAUAGCUAAUAAUUGCUUGAAACAAAAUCCAUUUGCCCAUACCAGUCACCCACAACAGCAAAAUAUAUCUUUCAUUGCUGAUAAUAUUUCACAACCAAAUUCAUCUGUCACAAUAAAUAUUAACCCACAGCAAGGUCUGCCUGUCCAAAAGAAUAGUCACACACAACAAACUUUGUCAUUCAGUGAUGACGAUUGCAAUAGAGUUAAUGAUGAAAGUAAACCUAUUGGUGAAAUGUCGAGCAAGGAUUUUUAA